AUGAGCGACGACAACUUUAAUACGCCGGAGCAGUCGUCGGAAAAAUCUGAUUCGGAGGAUGAAGAAGGUGGUGACGGGGUGGAUUAUAGUGCAAAUUUCGUGACAGACAAGGUUUUUCGAACGUUUGAUGAAGCAGUUAGUUGGGCGGAUGCUGUUGCAAUAAAUCUGGGAUUUAUUUUGGUGAAAUCGUCUUUCAACAGACAGAGGGAUGGUCGACCAUAUCGAUAUUUAAGAUGUGAUCGGGGACGCAGGAGUAAUCCGAGAGAUCUUGAGAACGCAAUAAGGAAGGACACGAAAACCAAAGCCAAUGGUUGUCCUUUCUACAUCAAGAUAUCUUACAAUUUUGUUGACGAUUGGUUUAUCACGGCGAAAAAUGAUGUAACUAGGACCCACAACCAUCCAAUGAUUGCGUAUCCAGAGGGGCAUCGUAAAAUAAGCGGGUUAAGCCCGGAAGCGAAGCAGGUUGUGCGUAACAUGACCAAGUCUAAGGUAGCACCGCGUAACAUCAUGGCGACUAUUGCCGAGCAAUUUCCUCAGGAUCAUCCAAACAUCAGACACAUCUACAACUGCCGAAAUGACUUCUGA